AUGCUACUGCGUGUACGGCUAAAAUCGCCUCUGAUUCCGGUAAACAUUUGGGUAAAUACGAAGGAGUUUUCGAAAGACGAAAAAUGCUUAACGACAAGUGACUUUGUAAAACAGUUCUUAAAAUUCGUCUUCCAGUCUAAUGAUGUUCGAACGGCAUUUGAGAAACAACCCUGUGAUGAGUUUGUUCGAGGAAGAGUUUGUUAUUUUCAAGUUGUGAAGGAAACAUUUGCCAUACCUGCUCAUAGCGGGCUUCGCUAUUUCUUGGAUGAUGGCGAUUGUAUCGAAAUAGGAACAUUCAGCCAGUAUGAAACUUUACCGAAAGGUCUACACGUUAUCGUUCUCGAAGACUUGAACGUUCAAGAACGGAAUCUGUUCUUUCAGAAGAUGUGGCCGGACAUGCUAAGUCAAAGCCUACAGGCAUCUGUUUCUUUACUUAGUAGAAAAAAACAAAAGCGAGAUAGCGGCGUAGACUCCGAGUCGUCUGACUCGGACGCUUCUUCAGAUUCAUCUUCGUCUUCCACUUCUACAACUUUAAGCACCUCUUCUGCCUCAAGUUCCACCUCAAGCACAUCUUCUGCUACUUCUGAUGAGAGUUCGGAUUCCGACUCAUCCCCUUCUGAAUACAACAGCACGACGGUCAGCUCAGUUGAAAAGACCGAAUCCUCUAUAUCUAACGUGAAGCCGCCUGGAACAGGAAGUGCUGCUACUCGUGCCCGCAAUGAACGACGCAAGAAGAAGCGACUUCUAAAGCGACUCUCCAUGCAAGAGCAGGUAUUGACGGAGACAACAGAACCACAAAUGUCAACUGCAUCGAACGAGUAUAACGAAGAACUUUCUGCUAAUCCAGAACCCAGUAUCACUUUGUCUCCUACGUCUUUAACUCCUUCAACUUUAGUAACUCCUGUGCCUGAAUCUAUUCCACUUACACAAAAAUAUCCUCCUGGCUCGUUACUGCGUUUUACUGUUAUGGAUAUGGACCCAAAGACAUACACACCUCAACUUGUCCAAAAGUCUGGAAGGGUAAUCCAAGCAGACGAAUCACAGGUGAAGUUCCAGCUCACUAUUGAUAGUCGUUACAAAAUUGAGUACGACGAAUACGGUGAAAUUAUCCGUGGCAGGUUCGGUGACAUACCUGACGAAGAACUUGUCGAAGGCAUUGCUACUUAUGAAUGGUCUGUACUAUCAGACAUUGAGAAAAUCCAUUAA